CUGAGAUGCGCAAAAGUCAGACAACCGGUCACUUGAAUGGGUCGUUGCGAUUGCGGUAAGGUAACAUGGUUAGUUGCCACAAUGGUUGCGCUGAGCGUGGUUGUGCUGUCGUGCCUGGCUCUCGCCGCCGCCACCGACGUCGACCAAUGUCCAGGUGGUCGAACCAUUGAAACCCUCAGGAGCGACGUCGCUUUGACGCAGUGCAAGAAGCUGCCAUGCAAGCUCAAGAAAAACACCAGGCAACACGUCACUUUUAAAUUUAAAACCGAUAAGGAAAUUAAAGAUCUGAAGAACCACGUGCAGGCGGAGGUGUUCGGAGUGCCGCUGCCAUUCGUCGGUGUGGACGGCAAAUCUGUGUGCGACAAGCUGGAGACAGAGGGCGGGGAGAAGGCCUCCUGCCCGCUGGCUGCCAAUACUGCCUACGUCUACAAGGACUCGUUCCCCAUUGAAAGCUUUUAUCCAAACCUAGAAUUAAGGGUGCACUGGGCUCUGCAAUCGCUCGGGAAAGAUGUCGCGUGUUUUGAAGUACCCGCUAAAAUAAGCAAUUAAUGUAUUGGAGAUGUUUUCUUGUUCUUAAAAUUAAAAAAUGUUAUGGGUGAUGUCAUUUGACUUAAAGGUUUCGUAACAACUAAGUCCAUUUUUGAUGAUUCUUGGCCAUAUUUGGGCAUAAACAGAAUCGUAACGUAUAUGUCACUUAUGAUGAGAGAUUUAUGGUUUACAUAAGUAUUAUUAAAUUAUUAAAUUGUAAAACGGGACUUAAUUGCGGGGAUUAAUCGGGGCUUAAUAAUGUGUAGAGAUCGUGAAUGUUUAAGUCAGUGUUAUUAAUAAAUUGUUGCGGAAUAAAAUAUAGUUUCAAAUUCUGUUGACUUAGACGCAGAAACAUCUGUGCGGAGUAGAAAAUAUACACGAAGUAUUGCAGAGAAAAGCUCAAGUUAAGCCAUAUUUUUAUUGUUCAUGCUUAAAAUGGAAUGAAUUAUUUUAAUAAAUGGAAGACAAUUGUUUAAUAAAACCGCUCGUACUUAC